AUGGGUAACAAGGUGGUCACUUUCACCGAAUCACAGCUCGAAGAUUAUCAGGUGAUGUUAAUUAGGAAUUAUAUAGUAUUUUUAUAUUUUUAUUAUGAAAAUGCUUACAUACAUUGUGUUUGUGUGAAAAAAAAUUUAAAAUUUAGUUUUUUAGAUUUUGAUAUUAUUUUAUAUUUUUAUACGAAAUCUAAAUUAAAACACUGUGCAGUUGAUAGAAUAAACGUGGUAGAAUUAAUUUUAUGCAGCACUCCAUUCGUAUGUUUUUAUUCGUAAUUUAAAUUUUAAAAAUUUCUAUAUUAAUAAUUUACGUUUUUUAUGACUACUCUAACAACAAUAAUUUGUACCACACUUUCGCGAUUUUUCAAUUUUGAAACAAUUUUAGUAAACCAAAACCACCACGUAGAAUUAGCACAACUUGACUGACAAGGCCCCAGGACUCGCACUUUUUACAAAGAUUAGAGUUCUCACGUUUCAAAAAAAAAUAAAUACUAAUUUUAUAUCUUAUGUACGUGUAUAUUAUAAAAAUAGCCAGAUCCGUCAAUUUAUAACGAUCUUUUUCAUAGAACAUAAAUUGUGGCGUUUAGGUUGAAAUAAAAGUUUAAAUGCAAAUAAUAAAGUUUAAGAGGAGCAUAUUUUCGAGGACUAUACGUAGAUUGUACCAGUGGUGAUUCGAAAGAGAUAUAUUUAAAUUACGUGAUUCACAAAAUACCGGAUUGAUGCCGGGUGGUUCGUGAGUGCCUGGAUGUUCAAAAAUAUAACACAAAUUAGUAAGUAUAUUUUUACAAAACAAGUUAUUAAAAUUAUUUUAGACUGCGGAAAUUUGAUACAUUUGACGAAUUUGUGGUAGGGUGGAGAUAUUUUUGAGUUAGGAAAAUUAAAUCGGUGAUUCAAGGUAAUAAUACUUCGAGCCGCCACUAGAUUGUACCUAAACAAAUCACCCAAAAUAUUUACAGCUACCUAUAGUUUAGCUUUUUAAAUAGUUUUAAUUCUUUUAAUUUUGUUAUUUGUGAUGGUACUCCAAUUUCAAUUUAAACGCCACAUUUUUUGUUCUAAGUAACAUACCUAAUUUCGAUAUGUUGUACUUAAUACGUUUAGUAAAACGGUGUAAACAAAACGAAUCUGAAUAUAGCAUCCUCUUAACCGAAAAGUAGAAAUACCCACGUACGACGUCCCGCUUAUUUAUAAUUAAUUUUUGUAAUAAUUAAGAAUGCAACGUAACUUUGUAUCAUAGUGCACUCAGUUCCAAAUAAUUAUUGUAAAUACCCAUUAAGAAUGUAUUGAUCGUUGCUGUUAAUUUAUAUCAAACGAGUACAAUUGACGUACAAUAAAUUAUUGUUACGCAUACAUAUUAUAUCAUUUACACAUCAGUCUAUUUAUAAAUCAGUAUAAUUUUUGUACGUAAUAGUGAUUGGUUUAGGUGCGUCAUUUUACAUGUUUUUACGUAAUGCGGAAUCAAUAUUGAAAAUUUAAACCAAUACCAGAGCCAUAGGAUGAUGAACACGAAAUUAAUACAUCUCCAUAUCAUAAAACUGUACAAUAAAAUCCAAAAACGUACUUUAAUUAAUUUCAUAUUUACUUAUUUAUAUUAAAAUAAUAAUAAUAAUAAUAAAAUCAACAAUUAUUAUAAAUAUAUGCUCAAGUAUGUAUAUAUUAUAUGUUACAUAAAUGUAACAAAACAAUUUCUAAAAUAUCUCUGUUCCGUAUACUAUAGGUUUAUGAUCAAUAUUUCCAAUACUGUAAUAAUACAUAAAAAAAAAAAAAAAAAAACGAUUAUAUUAAAUUCAUAUAGUUCAUAUAAUUAAUAACUGCGUAAAAUAGAAUAGUAUUUUUGCAUACCCUUGUAUCCCUUAAAUGACGCCACCGAUUGGUUUAAACGGCGCUACAAAUUACGGGGCCCCGUGCAAAAUAGUUUAAAUAAAAUAAUACACAAUGAUUACUAUUUAAUAUAUAUAUUAUUUAUUAUUGACUAUAUAUUUUAAAAGGAAUUUUUUCUUGCUUUUUUGCUUGCAAAAUCAUUUAUGAGCGUAUCAUGGUUUAUAGUUUCAGCUAUAUCUUUUUCAAUGGAUAUUAUUGAAAGUCCAGUUAGUCUUGUUUGUGACAUAGUGCUCCUUAGAUAGUUUGUAAUUAAUUUUAAUUUUGAAAAUGAUCUUUUAGCAGAAGCCGAUGUAAUAGGUGUUAGUAUUAUUCGUAGAGCAAUAGGUAGUCAUGUUUCGAAACAAGCCAUUUAAUUUUUUUAGUAUACAAAGGGAUUGAAGUGCAGUUGUGUUUAUUUCUACGAGAUUUAAAUGUUUAAAAUUUAUGAUAUAACUCAUAAACAUGAAUAUCAUCGAUGAGAUGUAUAUGAAGAUCUUUGCAAUUUUUCAUUAAUUCGUCGUCUUCCAUUUCUUUAAGCUUUCCAUUGCGAUGUAGAAAUCUUUCAUUGUAAAUCUUAAAUUAAUUAAAACAAAAGUUCAGAGAACUUUUUUUUGCUAUUGAUCUAUAAUAAUAAUAAAAAAUAUAGUACGCAAACUGGUUUCACCAUCAACAGCAGAAAUGUCUUCGCUUUCAUCGUUAAACACACGUGCCCUUUUUCGUAAUCGACUUAAUUUAAAUAUUUGUGGAACUUCUGCAGAUUUUACGGAAAUAUUAGCUUCUAGUUUAGCUUUUUCAAAACCAUUUUCCCGGUAUUUUUCAAAAAAUCCAUAAGCCCUCUUAAUACAUUUUCUGAAAAAGACAUAUGCGUUUCUAUACCUUGUAAACUCUUACUUACAAUAUUAAUCCUAAGUAAGAUAUCGUACCUAAUUACUGUACUUAGAAUAAAUUCAUAACAACCUAUAGAUUUUAAUAAUGACUGAGACAGUGGCGGAUUUAGUUGUGUUUUUUUAAUGAGGCAACUUAUGUUUCACUUCCCCUACCUUCAUAACAAAAAUUAAACUUCACACUAAUGGAAUUUAAAAACAAAAAUAAUUAUAAUUAUAAUAAUAAUAUAUUUAUUUCGUAUAAUAUAACCAACGGCAAACAGUAUUCCAAACAAACUUAAUUUUACCCAAUAACAAACACGGUCAACAAAUCAAUUUUUAUACAUAAUAACUUCCAUAUAACCAAUAGUGGUGUUGAUAUGAAUUUGAAUUAAAUGACUUAUAGAAUAGUUUACUUAGUUUUUUGUCAGUAGACAAAACUGAUAAAAUCGAAAUAGUCCUGCCUACUUUUAGUAAAUCAUUUUUACUACCAGAAUUCCAACGUCGAAAUAGCGUUUCCAACAACAUGACAACCUCGUCUGUCACUGGCUUUAUAAUAUAAGUGUUGAAUAAAAAGCACGGCGACACGCGUAAACAAAUUGAACCGAAGCAAUACGAGCGACGAUUCGAACAAGACAGAAAAAUAUGUACUAAUAGAUAUUGAUAUCGGUUUCAUUAGGCGCUGUGACAAUGAUAACUGAUUUAUGAUUAUGUGUUUUGUUUUUGAAUGUGUCGCAGUCAUGGGUGCGGGCUUACCAUAAUACCGCAUCUAUUUUUAGUACACAGAGGCGAUGAAAAACGAGCCGCACGAUGAUCAUUGCGCAUACGCAAAUCUGCUUAUUUAACUGUCCCGUGCAUUCGCGUACAUACGCGUGUGUGUGUAAUUAAUGUAUACAAGUAAAAUUCAGAGGCGACGUUAAACGGUCGCCUCUCUGACGUCAUCGGAACUUUUCCACCGGCUGAAAUGAGCUUUUGUUUACGUAAUAACUUACGUUUCUUAUCGGUUUAUCGCUAUUUUUGGUAAUAAACACGGAAUGGUCUUAAACAAUAAUAAAAUAAAUGAUCAUUCAUAUUAUUAAACAGAAUAAAGGAGAAUUUUUUUUUUUUCAAAUAAAAUUAUAAAUACGUUAAAAAUUAUUAGCGAAAUGUGUGCUAUCGACGAGCCAAGAUUUAUACUUUUAGAGUAUUAUUUUACUAAACAAUUUUAGUUGAGUCGACGCCUCGCUUGCCUCACCCUCAAAGCCUCCACCGGACUGAGACUCACUCUUAAAUAUUCCGUCAGUAGUAAUGUUAAAUAACUCUUUUAAUGCAUCGGUAAGUUGUUUAAAUUGGAAUCGAAUGGCCUUUACGCUUUCUAAUCUACUUUCCUAUCUUGUUUAUGUCCAUUUUUUAACUGUUGGUAGGUUACAGUGUUUAAGUAUACUCCAGCGUUGAGUUGAGAAUGAAAAUAUUGAAUAAAUCCUUUCGAUUGUUCCAAAAAUUAAUAAAGCUAUGGUUGAACUAUUUGCUGCAUCUUUAAUUAAUAAAUUAAGGUUAUAUGCUGCACAAGGCGUAAAAAGAGCUCUUGGAUUUUGAUUUAGUAUACGAUUCUAAAUUCUAUUUUAUUGAUCAAUCACAUUUCCACCAUUGUCGUAAGCUUGUCCUCUUCAAUUUUUUAAAUCAAUGUCAUAAUGUUUUAAUUAUUCAAUUAAAAUAAUGGCUAAACUAAAACUUGUUAUCGUCUUAAUGUUAAUAAAAUCCAUAAGAAAUUCAUUUAUUUGGAGAUCAUACAUUUCAUUUUCAAAUUCCAUAUUAACUAUACGAAUAACUAUUGACAGCUGUUCUUGCCUAUUUAUAUCUGGCAUAAUAACCAUGAUUAUGGUAUAAUAUUUACCCGACUUUAUAAGAUGAAUUAUUUUAAUUUUUAAUGCUACAGCAAUAAAUUUAAUUAAAUUUCCCUGCAUAUCAUGACUAAGAUAAUGCGCAUAUGUGUCGUGAUUAUUAAUUUUAUUUAAAUGCUCUCACAUAACUGGGACAAAUUUUCCAAUCAUUUCGAUAAGGCCCAAGAACUUUCCAUUAUUUUUUAUAAAUAUUACAUCUGAUGUACUUCGAAAAGACUCGUUGUAUUUAGCUAAGUAGUGAAUAGCUGCUAUAAUCCUUUUUAAAACAUUUCUCCUAUGUAUUUUUUCUUUUUCAAUAUUUUCUAAAUUAGUUUUAUCAACGGUGAAUAUUUGUUGAAUUUUUUGAACAAAAACAAUGAUCAACGAUCUUUAUAUAUCGAAUAUACCAACCAGUUUCUAUCAACUAUUUCACCAUUGGGUAACUUUUUAUAGAAAAAAUAAGUUGCAAAUCGCCAGUUAACGUCUCUUUCCCUCGAAGUGAAAUAGUUACAUGAAAAGGAAAAUUAAAAUUAAAUAUUCUCUUAGAACCUAAUUUUACUAUAUUUGUCCUUAAAUCUUGGCUAAUAAAAAAUGGUUUACUCGCAGAGCCUUCGUACAUAUUCAAAUCAUUCAAAACAAUGUUCGUAAAUAUUAUUUUGAUUCAUUUGAAAUUAAUUUACAGGAUAAUAUUUCUUGAAAAUCAACGGAACUUGAUUCUUUAAAAUCAUUUAUGAUAGUUUGUGGUAACUCAGAAUCUUUAUCUAAUGUUUUUGGAGACUUGAAACAAAUGGAUAAUAAUUCAGAUGAUUUUCUCUUUCUAAUUCUACAUUUUCAGCUUCAGAGUAAACUUGAAUAAUAGUUGAGUUUUUAGUAGCUAAUAUUACAUUAUUCUGACUAUAUUUCAUUUUCUUUACUUAAAAAUUUAAGAAAUGAUCCUUGCUGUGUUUUUAAAAAACCUUGUUUUAUUUAUUUAUUUUACCUUUAUUUACACCCCGAUUCAUAUGAUCUGAUUCUAUCGCGAUCUCGAUUACACAUUUUAACGAAUUAUACCUAAUCAUAAAUUAUAUAAUAUAUGUUUUUUAUUAUAGUCAAUAUAAGUAAAAAUCAGAAUUUAAAAUAAUAAUUAUUCAACUAGAUAAUUAGAUUUAUAAAUCCUCAUAAGUGUCAUAAACACAUAAAUACACUCCAGAUUACAUUAAAAAAAAAAAAUUUAAAAAAAUGUUUACAUUUUUAGAUAAUUUAAAAGGGAAUACAUUUAUUUAUUGUAGUAUAAACUAAACAAAUUAAAUUAUAAUAUUAAUAACAAAAAAGUUGACUUAUUGCGUCUGCCGGUUGUAAUAAUAUAAUAUUCGCGUGUUUCUAAUCUCGUGUAUGCGAUUGACGGAUAAAUCAUAAAUGAAAGACCAUUAUCAGUAGGCACAAGUAAGUAAUAAAAUACCAAAAUAAUAUUAUCAAUAUGGCAACAUUCGACAUAGUCUAUUUAUCUACUCUUCAGUUAAUUACUCUAUAACCGAUAUCACGAAAAAAUCCAUAAUUAUUUACUGUUAACAAUAUUAUCAACCAUAAUAUAUGUAUUAUAUUAUAAAUAAAUAAAUCAUAAAUAUUAUAUUUCAGUAAUUUAUUAUGUCAAUAACCAGUAUUAAUAUAAAAAUAGUACAUUAGUACUGUUCUCAAGGAUAUUACAAAACUAUUAUUUCAAUUUAUAGUUCGAAAAAAAAAAGACGUCCUAUGAUAAUGGGGUAAGGUGCGGCCCCUGUUCUAGGUAAUUUAAUGUAUAUCUGUAAGCAACGAUAAACCAUUGCCAACAAAAAAACGAUUCUGAACGCAGAUCAGUUGAUAGUGAUUCUUCGUCAACAAUAUAUUUGUCAUAUUAUAGUAAAAUAAUUAAAUAGGCAUUAAAUAUUUUCUUAAAUAGUAUUUGUUUAAUAUUGUACCGAUUUUCCCGGUUUUCCCAAGUUUGUUUGUGGUUUUUCCGAUUUGAUAGGAAAACUCCUGGGAAAAUCGAAAAAUGACCUCCUCAAGUUAUCAUGGAGAUAAAAUUUCUUUUCAGUAAAUAAGCUACACUUAAUACAUCAGAGCAAGAUUUUUGGUAGAAAAGUUUGCACAACAAAUCGAGGGGUAUUUUGCGAUUAAAAUAGUCUGAUCGAGCGAUGGCUUUGGUCUCUAAGUACUCCCAAAAUGCAUUAAUUUUUUUCUUGUUUAGGUUAAAGGGAAAAAAAUUCAAACAAUUUAUUUCGAAACACGGGUUCGAGCUCGCAGACCCUAAGAUAAAAAUAGGUGUGUAUAACCCCAUUCAGCUACGAUAAACAUUCUUUAAGGAGACAAUAUUUAGUUAUUUAACAUAACAUAUAAUAUCAGAACUUCAAAAAGCUAUAAUUUCGAAACUUAGUCAGCCCGCUGAGUUAUGACUUAAUCAUUCAUAUUUAAUUCAUAUUCAUAUAUAUCAUUCAUAAAUCGGCAAUACACAUAUGUUCAACAAAAACAAAUUGAAAAAUUAGAUAUGUUGCACAUAAUUUUUUACUAAACGAUUUUCGUCAAAAUUUGAUAUUAAAAUUUAUUUUUAAAAAAAAAUAUUACAUUAAACUCAAAUUUUCUUUUUUUGACCACAAAGUAAGACUCUAAUUGAACCUCCUAUUAAAUGUUCAAUUAUUUUGUUUUAAAUAAAAGUUAUAUUUAUAUCUAGAGUGCCCUAGAAUUAAAUAAAGUAUUUCUGUUAAGUCUAACAAUUUUACCAAACAGUACCUACUCAAUAAAAAUUAAGAACAUAACAAGCAAAAUUAAAAUAUUUAUAAAUAGUUCAAAAAUGGCUUAAAUUUUUUUUUAAUUUAAUUUUUCUUUCGCGGGGCUCUGUGCACUUGGCACCGGUUGCACUGCCCUUGCGUUGGCCCUGAUCGUUAACAAUGCAGACAUAAAACUUUGGUUAAAACGUUUGGUUCCGUUACAAUUUGUACGCAAAAAAAGUUUUUGCCAUAAAUAAAUUUGCAGCCGUUUAAAUUCCGUAAUACUAGUUUUCAACAUUUCAAUGGCCUUUAUAGUUCAUAACCCGCUACGACGUAAUACAACGUUAGUUGAUACUCAAUAUAAUAUCGUCUAUAAAAUUGUUCUAAAACGUUUUAAAUUGAACAAUCAGUUAUUUGAGGACUACGAUGGUUCAACAAAAACGCAUUACUGAUUUAGCUAUAAAUUCUGUUAAAUGUGAUUUAUGUGAAAGUUUAGAUGUUAUAAUUUACACUUUUAAACGAAGUUGAACGUAACGUGAAAUAAUAUUGUCUAAUAUUUUUUUAUUUUCAUUUACACAUAAAUAUUUGCGGUUUCGACGUAACCUAUUUUGGCUGUGAAAAGUUAAACCCGAUUAAGAAUUUUGUUAUUUUUUACUAUAAUAACCAAUACGAAUACGUUUUUUCAAAUUAAUAAAACUGUCCGGUGUACGUGUAUACCUACUCGAAAGUUUAUUAAUUUUGAAUCGAUUAAUACGUACGGUAAGAAAAUAAGUGGGUAUAUUUAAUGCGCUUUUAAAUAGAAAUUAUUAAUGUUACGUCUCGCAAUUAUUUUCGCCCCGAGUAUCUGCAAAUUUGGAAGAAAAAACGUCGGAAUGAUAUUAUUCUUAGUCGGAGUUACGGGUGUAUGCCGGGUGCGCUUUAGGCCUUUAGCACACACUGAAAAUAACAGGCCACUGUCCGAAUUCAGUUCAGUUCGAGGAAAAUAUACUUUUCAUUUUAAUAUUGAAUGUAUUUAUAUUAAUGCCAAGCCGAAUUAAAAAGAUAAUACAAAUUACUUACAGUCAUUACAAUAUUAUUAUACGAGUAUUGAAGACAUUUCGUGAACAAAUGUUUUAUUAUAUUAUUGACUUUCAGGAGCAGACGAUAAAACUAAAGUUUACCUCCGCUUAUUAUAAUAUAAUAUUAUAUCAUUACGAAUAUUUAAUUUUGAUAAAACGUAAACGUAAUAUUCAGUAAACACGCGGACAUACGCGAUAAUAUUAUUAUCCUUAAUUGUACACAUCGUUUUCAUUGAAUAAUGUAUCGGUAUCAAUGGCGUAGUUUCAAUUUUGUUAUGGGACGUUUAGAAAAAUGAAAAAAGUUAUUUUCCUAAUAAUCAAACAUACCUAUGUAUAUGUACCUAAUAAUAUAAUAAUACAAAAAACAAAUACAAAUCUUUACUGUAUCCCGUGGCAGUUAUUAUUAUUAAACAUUUGUAACGAAAAUUCCAGCGUCUUUUUUUUUAUUAUUUGAUGAUUCAACCAUUAACACCGUCGGGGAUAACUGAAUAAUUUUUGUUCAUUGACAGCAUAUAGUGCAGGCCGCGGUAACCCCGCAAUCAUUUUGUUCAUCGUUGAUAAAAAUUAUAUACUGUGUACAGCGUACACCCGAUCAUUAAUAAUUGUUAUAAAUAUGUAGUUGUUAUUUUGACGUCUCGUUCAACAGUUUACAGUAAAAUGGCUAGGUACAUAAAUCGAUUGUAAAUUAUUCGUAUUUUUACGAUCAGAACAGGUAAUAUUGAACGUAAUAGUCUAUAAAACUGUACAAAACACUAAACUGCACUUGACAAUUGAAAUAAUAAUAACUAUUUAUUAUUGCUUGUUUUAUAGAUUCUAAGCGGAGCGAGGAAUGUAUUAGUUUUGUAAUGACGUUUGUUAUUAUUAUUAUUAUUAUUUUUUUUCUAUGAACAACUUUUCUAUCAGAAAUUUUGCUCCGAUUUUCAAACGGAAAUUUGAUCGGGGCGGUUUUUUAAGGAAGUAAUUUUUUCUCCUGCGGGGAUUUUCAUAAUAAAUGAGAAAUACAGAGAAAAAACGUAGGGAAAUUUACGAAACGUAUUAUUUUCAAUAUUACGAUUCCCUUUCGAAUCACGCGUAUAACCGAACUCCGCUCGGAAUCGUUUUUCGCUAGCAACGAUCAAUUCUCGCGUACGGAUAUACGUUAAAUAUGAUUUUCCCGCGACCUACAACAUAUUGUAGUGUCCCGCCCAUCGUGCAAAGUAUAUCCGUUUGUCGUUUUUUUUUUUUUUUUCGGCUCUGUAAGAGUGGCGGGUUGAAUCCGAAAACUUACCCCGUAAGUGCGCCGCUGAUCGAUAAACGAAUGAUUCCGAAAUCGACAAUUAUUGUACGCCUGUACUGCAAUGACGUUCGUCGGGUAAAGAAAUUUCGGUACCUAUCCGAUGUAAUAAUACGUACAGUCCAUAAAUAAUUACAAUAUUAAUUAUUCGUGUGACUCGCGUGUAUAAAUAAAACGAUACGCGAGAGCCCGGGCCGUUUGUUUGCAUGUUCCGCGGGGUCCUUUGACGACGGUGAUAAACAGCGUCGAUUGAUACGCGCCGGCGUAUCAGAAUAUAAUUUAUACGGUGCUCACCUGCGCGAGAUCGGACCGGCGCGAGUUGUUAAUGAAUUAUUAUUGUAGGUUUUUUUUUUUUUUUAUUUUAUUUUUUUUUUUUUAUAUUCCGUAUAUAUUUUUAUACACGUUUAUUAUAAUGCCUACGCGUUUCUACUUUCUACGGUGUUAUUUUUAGACGUUCGGUUUACUUAAACACGGCCGUUCCGGGAACCACGAAAAUUAUAUAUAUAUAUAUUUAUAUACAGGUAUAUGAUAUUAUAUUAAUUUAUUGUAAUGUGGAAUGCGACAAAAAAAAAACAUUCGUAUUAUUAUUGUAUAUUAUGUAUAUUAAAUGGGUUUUUUUUUUUUUAGAAAAAGAGUCGUUGACCCACCCCCUUCGGGUUCCUGGUCGUAGUUGUAAGACUACUAGAGUGUACUACUACUACUACUAUAUUACUACUACGGUUCUUUCCAGAGAGAUUAUAAUAAAUUUAUCACGUGCGGCGUUAUGCGUGCGUGUGCGUAGCGGUUUCCCCCACCCUCUCCUAACCCCCCCCCCCACACCGGGUUAACGUUCGUCGAGGGGCAUCGAACGAGAGCGUUAUUUUUUUCUCCGAGAGAAAUGAUUAAAUUAUAAUUUCGAUGAAAUCUUCUCAUUCGUCGACCCGCCAAGCAAAGGGGGAAAUUCCAUCGAUUUUGGUGCCUACGUGACCUACCCACCUACCUACCUACCUGCCUACCUAUCUGCCUAUCUACACUCAACGUGUAAUGUCCGCGGCUUUACCCGAUUUUCGGCAUACGAGUUAUUUUUAUUUUUUUUUCUCCCACUCCCCCUCAACGACAAAAAUGUUGGCCCGUUUAUUUUUUAUAAUAAAAAAUAAUACGCGUAAUAAUAUUCUUAAGGAUAAUAGAUACUAUGCUCGCGUGUACGAUAUUUCAAUAUUACGCGCUAUACAGCCGUCCCGUACGGCCUCGACCGCGUAUAGGCGUGUACAGUAUUGAACGGAGUUAUACCUAACUGUUUCAGCGGUACAGUAAUGACCAUCUAUUAUAACGAGACCAUAAUUUUUUCCCCUUAGACCGGCACGCUUGUACCAGUCGAUCCGUUUAAAUUUGUUUCAUCCAAUGCUCCGUGUAUUUAUGGAAUUUUUAAUGUAGGUUGUCAUUUGAAAAUCAAAAGUGGAUACAGCUAGCGAGAGGUUUCCCCCCCGAAAAGCAGAGUGACAAAAAAUAACAUAAAUAUAUAAUUGUAGAGCGGCUUGUUUCUCAAAAAUGUUCUAGAUAACAAAUUCUGGAAAAAGUUAAUACUUUCCGGAAUAAUAAGUGUACCCACUUAAAUAGAUCACCUGGUACAGUCCGAAAAGAAAAACACGGCAAUUUGUAUUCUUGUGCGCAUAGAACGACAGUGAAAAUAUUCUAAAAUACGGUAAUACGGCAUAUAGAACGUAAUAAAACAAAUUAUUCGAAAAUAAAUGAAAAAAUGGAUUUAAUCUAAUAAACAUCGUAAUAUUAAGUUUAUUUAUUAAAAAUUAGAAAAUGAAACUAAUUGCUCAUGUAGUCUAACAGGCGGCUGAUUUCUAUAUUUUUCGGACGAGGGCGUGAUAUUGUAUUGUAAUAAUAUGUAUUGGGUAAAUCAUAAAACAUUACAAUGACCAACAUUCUUAUAAUUUUAAAAUUAAAUUGUGCACAUUUUUUGAUAUUACACUUUUGGUCAAAAUAUUUAUAUUACCCAAAGGUAAUUAAUUAAUCUUCGGAAUUGCAAUAAAUUAUCCGCAUUAGACAAAUCACUAAAAUAGCUCUAUUGUACAGUUUGUAAAAUGUUAAUUAUGUUUCGACGGUCAUAUUUCGUUGUGCUCCGAUCAAUAAAUAUACGAACCCAUUUUCGAAUCCGUUUCCACGGUCACUUGUUUUUCAAAGCGGGAUAUUUGUUCGUUCUUUGGGAACAGCGGGACACAUAGCUCAAAAGCGGGAUGUAUGGUCACGUUACCUAUAUACCUAUCUCGUAUCUGUCCCAGAGGUCUGCGAUUAUCGGUAUAAUAAUAUUAUCUAAAAUCUAAUAUAUUUAUCUUUGAUCUCUUUGGAGAAAAAAAUAGACUUCUCCGCCCGCGGCAACCAAGCGUAAUAUUUAUAACUGUUUUUUUUUUUUUUUUUUCGGUAUUUACUAGUUGCGGUCACCCGACAAAAACGUUACGUCAUACUAAUCGCGGCCCACUCAAUUAUUGGUCUACACACACUAAAUGCGGGAUGAUAUUACAUUUUUAUUAUUAUUAUUAUUGUAUUAUAUUACGUUUCUAUCGUUUUAUUUACGACAAUUUAUAAAUCAACAUUUCCCCACGCAUUAAUAUCGCAACGAUAGUACAAACCACAGACUGUCUACUCUUUUAUCUAUUGUGAAUGGGUAUGGUUAAAAAAAUUGAUUUUUUUUUAAUAUUUCAAAUGUAAGAUGCAUGAAUGUAUUUAAAAUAUAUAAUAAGUAAUGAUUACAAUUCUACGGAUAUAAAUUCGAAAGAAAUCGACUUCACAUACCCAAGUCGAUUGAUUACACAUUACGGUAUAGAUAAGUAGUGAUGUUUUCACGUUUAUGAACUGUGUAGUGUGUGUAUUAUAUUUUAACAAGUUGACUGCCGCAGUAUUUUAAAAGCUCGAUACAAUGCCAAAACUGGUACUCAGUGACGUGAAUUACAAAAAAAACGUCUCGAAAUGGUCCCUCAAUGCCUGUGAGUCUCAAAACUUUGUGUGUAGCAGUAUUAGUACUCAAUAAGGCAUGCAAAAUGUAUUUCGCACGAUGCGUGGGCCACUGUUGUAGGUGAGAAGUUGGGAAGGUAAGAUAUAGAGGGAAAUUAGUUUUAUAUCUGUACGCAACGAUAAACCAUUGCUAACGAAAAACGAUUCGGAGCGAAGUUUUUUUUAUACAUCAUCUACUUAAAUUGUCCCGUUUUUUCCCAAUUAUUAUGGAAACCGCUUGGAAAAUCAAAAAAAUAUCUCUCUAUCACUCCAGUAAAAUUUGCUUUCAGAAAAGGAGGUACACUUGAAAAUCGGAGCAAACUUUCUGUUACUUAGAAAAUUUGUUCAUAGAAAAAAAAAAAUAAACAUCGUAGCUAAACCAAUAAUACAUUCCUUGCUGUGCUCCUAAUUUAAAAUAAGUACAUAUUACUAGGGUCAAUGGCAUACGUAAUGAGAGAGGUUAGGAGUCAUAUACUUAUAUCCCCCAUUGGUUUAAAAAUACAAAAAUAUAAGUCAUUAUUAAUAUCGAAAUGCAUAUAUUUCAGCCAAAUUAGGAAGAAAAGCUUGAUGUAUUGAUUAGAAAUUGGUUUGUUUUAGGAUCCAGCUAUUAAGUAACCAAUGCUCAUAGUCGAGUUGGGUAGAGAAAACGAUUUUAAAAUUCUUAUUUGCUACAUCCCCUGCCAUUAAAAAUUCUUAGGCACGUCCCUGACUAGAGUAUAAACCACGUCAACUUGUUAAAAUAUGUUUAUCGGAUAUAUUAACGCGUGAUCACAACUCGAAUAUGCAUUAUGAAUAUAGGAUGACUACCGCAACUGUCACAUUAUUAUCUGCUUAGGUAUCUCAAAAAUCGCCAACCACCGCAGACGUUUUUUUCGUCCGUAUAACCAAGGUAUACCGUAAACAAACCAAAAUAAAAUUUCACUUUUCGAAUAUUAUAAAUGUCGUCCGUUCUUAUAUAGGGGUAGAAAUGUCGUUAUCCGGGAUACAAGUAUUGCGUAAAUUAUUUUGUCCGGGAUUAUGCUCUCCGUUGUACCGAAAGUCUCACGGAAAAUAGAAAAUGUAAUGUAAAAUGAUAACAAUAAAAUAAAGUCAUGUCAACUGAAUGUUUAGGCGAAUUUGUGAGAAGUGUAUUUGAUGUUCGCUCGUUGACAACGAUUGUAAAUAUUUCUAAUAUUAUGUAAAAACAAAAAUAAAUAUGCUCUUUAAAUGUUAGAAUGUCUUAGUAUAAAUAGUACGGUCGUAUUAUUAUGUCAUGUAUAUUAAUGAAUUAUUAUUUCGUCGAUUACGAACGAAAAAGUGUACCGUUUCGUAUGCCGUGUAGGCUACACGACAUUAUUGAAGUAUUUAUUUUGGUAAUUUGUAGGGAAAAAAAUAUACCCUUACCGCGCGGCCCGGAAACCGUACGACGUGUGUUUUAUUUAUUUAUUUUUAUUGUUUUUUUUCUUGUUUUCCUUUACAGGACUGCACUUUUUUCACCAGGAAGGAAAUACUUAGGUGAGUAUAGUAAGUAAUGCGGUAUAAUAGUAGUCGGCCCACAUGUGCGUAAACAGUUUUUGUGGAUGACGCGCCGCAGUAUUUGCAUUAGGUAUAUUACUUUGUAUUUGUUUUUUCACUACACCAUAUGUGCGCGUUCUUAAAAAAAAAAAAAAAAAAACAGAAAAAACCGAAGGGGAUUUUCGAGAAAUUAAACAUUUUCGAAAAUUCGAACGUGUGUACGUCUUUCGUUUCCGUAUGUUAACGACGUGUAAAACGAUACGGCGUAUUGUAUGUUAUGUGCAACGAAAUAUACAUUCCAAACGAUAGACCUAGCUCGUAUUAAUAAUAUUCGAAAAUACAAAAAAAAACCUCUUGUUGUUAGAAAAAAAAAAACAAAUUUUACAAAUUUUGUAUAAACAUAGACACUUUACUACUAUGAAUAUUAUAGUUAAAACGAAGUGUAAGACACUUGGUACAGGUAUUAUUAAUCCUAUAUUCUAUAUCCUGUAUGGGAACAAAUAUUUUCGAACCGUAAAAUAUUUAUUGUAAUAUAAAAAUACGGGACAGUUUUUACGAAUUAACAGUGGCACAACUACCGGAGCUGGAAUCUGUCACUGGAACCUCCAGUAUAUUAUCCACUUAAUCAAGGGGAGUACCUAAUUUGCACCAAAAUAAGGGUAUACAGUUUGCACCACCGUAGAUAGUUGAAAACACUGUAAUUUGCAUCAAAACGAGUAUCGAUGAAUUCGAUUGUCAAGUGCAUAUUCGGUUGACUUACAGUGGUAUAAAAGAAAAUGUUAACUGACCAAUACAAAAAUAAUCUAAAAAUUAUUAUUUUCUAUAUGAUAAGUUUGUCUUUAUAAUAUUUUGUUUCUAAAGAAUGAAUUUAUUUACACUCGCAUUAUAGAGAUGUUUUUAUAAAACAUUAUUAUUACAUUUAUUUGAAUGAUAUUUUCAAACUUUCAUGUAUCUCUAUAUUAUUUCAUUUUCUCACUUAAAAUGAUAAAAUAUAUAUAUUUUAAAUUCUGAGCGGAGUGAGGAAUAUUAGUUUUACAUUAAUGUAUAUUUGAUUUCCGGGGUUUAUAACUACCCUUAUUUAAUAGUCAUUUCAAAGUUUGACGUUGAUUUACCGUCGUAAUUGCGUAAUUUAUUAUUUUGACCAAAUACUAAUCUAACCUUUAGUCUUUCCGAUUUCAUUUGUAGCACAAAAAUACUAAAUUAUUUCUUUGUCUAAAAUUAUGCAAUUUGUAUAAUAAAAUACAAUAUAUCUGUCAUAUAUUAUUGUCAUAAGGUAGCUUUUAGUCAAUGCUCACCGGGUAUCGUAAAACAGUGUAAAUAGUUAAGUGAAGUAACCACUCGAAAUCGAACGGAAUAUUCUGUUUCUCUGUAGCUUCUCAUAUCUCAAUAUAUUAUACUGUACUAUCGAAAAUAAUACGUAGGUUAUUUUGGUACAAUCUACAAGCGCAGUUAAAAAAUUAUGUCGGUACAAAUUAUCCAUGUUGUAUAUAUUUAGGGGCAAUUUUGGUGCAAAUUGAUUACACCCAAUCAGGGCCUCGGUUCAACCAACAAUAGUCUUUUGCCGUAUAUCCGAUUAAUCAUCUCGCAAUCGAUAUCAAAAUUAUAAUACUUGUAAUGAAAAUAAACGUAAGAGGAAAUAUCGAAAAAGAAGAGGCGGUUGCAGGAUGCUGUUGAGAAUAAUACGAGGCCGGCGGGUGUAUUCGAGGACGAUGUAGGUGAUCGGGUCAAGUGGAAGUUUAGGACGAGGGUGAUGGCCGACCCCCGAAAAAUAGUUGGUCAAGUUGCGCUCAGACAUAGACAUUCUUUUUUCUUAAAAUAAGGCUAGGUAAUAUAUUUUACUAUUUACCGUUGACAGGAUAUUUUGAAAUCUGAAUAAUUUUUUUGGUUAUUUUUAUUUUUUAAAUUCGAAUAACCGGUUAAAUGCGUCCGUAAAUAUUCUAGAUUAUUAUUAUAUAUAUAUAUAUAUAUAUAUAUAUUUAUAGAAACCGGUUAUGUAUUCUCCACGGUGCAACAUGUAAAUAAAUUACCCACGCGGUUUAAACUUAAUUUUUACUCUCCAACGUUACAUAUUAUAAUAUUAUUGUUAGGAACAAAUGUAAAAUCAAUAUUAUUAUGACCCGGUACAAUUAUACUACAUAAUAUUAUAUUAUAUACCUAUUUGUAUGUAUACUACAUACUUGUGCGUCCUACCUAUGUCGAAAACGCAACAAACAAUAUUUAUUUAAAUGAAUUUACGAAUUAUCGCCAUGGCACUUUGGUCGAUUUCUUUUAAUUAAACGUAUCAAAUCAAAACCCGAAUGGGCUCUUUUUAUUGGUAUUUACAGUUCAACAUUAUUAUUUGAAUUGUAUCCAUAUUUAAUCGACAAAUCUUCAUUUUAUAAAUAAACUGCCGUAGCUAUUAUAUUGAAAACUCGUUUGACUGCAGGAUACCUAUUAUAUUUUUUUAAGAACAUAAUGUAAUUUAUUGCUUUCGUUUUGUGGUAUUGAGAUCAACAGAACUUUUUAGAACAAUUAAAAUAUUACCUAGCUAUACCAGCUAUUAUUAGUUUGGUCAUCACUGACUAGUUAGGUAAAGUUGGGAUAGGUUAAAUAAAAUUUAAUAAUUUAUCAAUAUCGUUAAUGUUAUUAUAGUGCUUAUGGGAAAGAAAAAAAACCGUGGGAGUAGUUUUACCAGCGCAAACCACUUGUGUGCACAAAGGUGGGUACCUACGUCACGCCACUGUAAAAAAAAAAAUAUACCUAAAUAAUGCAUUAAUCAUUAAUAAUUGGAACACUUUUGAUUACGUAGUUUGUGCCGAAAUAAAUUCUAUAUUUUUUUAAUUAUUAAAUUGAAUUCAUUAAAAAUUACAUGUUCGUUUUUUUUUUUCUAUAAAGUUAAAGUUUUUUUUAUUUCGUAUUGUUUUAAUAUAGUUUUAAAAGCUAGGUUUCAAAAAGCUGAAAUUUACACAUUUUCGAAUGGAUUAUUAUAAAACAUCAAAAAAAAAAAAAAUGUUAGUUAAUAAAUGAUGAUAACGCCCAAUUUCAAAUUCGUAUCAAGCCAAAUUAUUCUGUAUACUAUAUGGUAUUUAAAUAUGUUAGUCAUUUCUUUUAGAUAAAAUUCUAACAAAUACUUAUAUUAUUGUACCGUAUUUUAAAAAGGGGAAUAACAACUAAGAAUAAUUGAAAAUCGUAGCAAUGAAAAUCUUCAUUUAAAAAACCAUAUUUUUUAAAUAGGAUAAAAUCAUAAGCGUCAUUACUGGGUAGCUAAGGGUAGUAACUGAUGUUUUUAUCAGGGUUGCAGAUUUAUAGCUACGCUAUACUCUGAGAAUUUUUUUAAAAAUUUACAAUUUUCUUGGUUUUUUCUUUAUAUGAUCACACGAAUGUAAUAAUUAUAUACUAUCGGCUAUAUUGAAUUUAAAUGUACAUAAAAAUAAGUCAACUGAUUACUAUUAUACUUCUAAAUUUAUUUAAUAUUUUCUACUUAAUUCUGAAGAAAAAUUUACUAGGAUCUGAUUGAUGAUUCAUUUGCUUAUGAAGUGGAAGAGGUGAAUAUUAGAUCACAACUGAAUUAAAAAUAUUACUCAAGAUGCUUGCUGUCUCACCAUUUACUUAUUCAAAUAACGCCUAUCCAUAAGAUAGUGAUUUGAAAUUUGAACUUUAGACUUCAAAGGGACUAAAACAAAUUUAAUUAAAGUAAAUCAAAUGAUUUUUUUUUUUUUUUUUAAAUGUGGUGAUUAUUUUCCGAGCCUCAUCAAUAUUUCUCGAAUAUUUCAAUGUUUUCGACCGAUCUUCAUACAAAAUACAGUUUGACACUAUUUGAAGACAGCAAUCUUUGCAAGCAUUUGACGGUUUUCAUAUUUUUAAACAAAUUUGCUGAAUCGAUAAUUAUUGUUGUUUGCUGAUUAUUUAGGGAAUAUUUUUAAUUUUUUACGUUUCGAUCUCCGCGGAUCUCAGCUGUCAUGUAACGAACUUCCAUUUACAAAAUUUUCUAUUUAACGAAACAUUAUUGGGAACCAUGACCUCCAUUGUUAAUUAUAAGUAAAUCUAUCUCCGUAUAACGAAUCUGAUGUUUCUAUAUUAUAUUGAAUAAAUUAUAUAACAAACCCGUUUUUGGAAAAAUGUUGUUAAUGAAUUAUGACUCACCUACCGACAAUGAUAUUAUGGAAGACGUUAAAAAAAAGAAAAUUUCGGUGUAAACGAAGACGAAGACGAAUGUGCAGAACAACCAGUAAAACGUACAUAAGAAGAGAUGUUAUGUUUUUUUUAUCGAGUCUAUUAAAGACGAUAAGUAAAUCUUCCCGGAGAAAUUUGUAGAAAACUUUAUGGAAUGGAUUUUUGUUUUUUUUUUCGAAAAAAUUAAUAAAUAAACGAAACUCACAUUAAAAUUAAAUUUUAAUUAAGAUUAAAAAUAAUAAAAUAUACCUAAUAUAAUAUCAACGUCAACAUUUAUUUCAACUAACAUUCUAUAUAUUUUUGGAAUUUUUAAUUUAGAUUGCUAUUUGAAAAGUAGUUGAUGGUUUUACACCCAAAAAUAAGGAUGACCAAAAAUAACAUAGAUGUGUUACACAUAUUGAACAAAUCAAAAUUAUUUUGAUAUUUAUUUAUAGAUUGUCAAUAUUAUUGUGUUGCUGAUUUACUUUUACUUUUUGAUUACGGACCAGGUGACUUAAUAAUGAUAUAUUGAUCAAUAAUAUUGGUCAAUACACUUAAGACUUCGUUGCAAUAUAUAGAAGUAUCACGGUGUAGUACUCAGUUAUAUAAUUUAUUAUCUAUCGAUAACUACACUUAUCCACGAUGGCACUUAGGUUUAGGUAUGUAUACCUACAUCUUCCCCGUCGAGACAGCUGAACACAGGUUUACUAUUAAUUUUAAUUGCCGUACACAAUUUUCAGUCCGACGCGGUGGUUCCAUUUAUUAUUGUACAUUUAUAGGUGCCUAAUAAAAGAAAAAAACUUCAUUGGGAUGGGCAAACAUAAAUUUGUACUAAUACAAAACCGAUGACCGACAUGGUGACGUAAUAAAAAACUGAAAUUUUUGGCGAAAACCAUAAACCGAUGUCCGAUGUUCGAUUACUGAUUAGCAGCGAUUAUUAUUUUUGUUUAUUUAUUUUUGUUAUACAAUAUCAGUUAUUCCGUUCAAACAAAAAAAGGUGAAUAGGGGAGAUAUAAAUAUAUAACCGCCCUAAUAGUCCUCUUUAAAUACGUUAAUGUCGUAAAAAUUUCGACGUGUUUUAUUUUCAACGUAGAUAUAUUAUUGAUCUAAUGAAGUGAUAAGAAUUUUGAAAACAGAUUGUUUUUGUUUGAAUUUGUUUUAGUCUUAUUUCAUUUAAAUGAAAAGGGAUUUGAAAAAAUGAAAAAAAAAUGAAAAAUAUUGUGAACGCCACAACUUUGUCCGGUUUUAGUUCAUGACUUAUACGGUAUUUCUCAAUUAUCAUGAAAAUCCCUUGAAAAAUAAAUGAAUUUACGUCCUCAAUGUACCAACUAGAUCAAAAAUGCAACAAAAAAGGUCUCAUUUUUUAAAAUCAAUGUGCAAUUGUUUUGAUUGAAAUUACAAAUCAUUCCUUAAACCUACUUCUUUGAUUAAUUUAUGCAUUCUUUUAUAUUAUUACUUUUAUUUGAUAAAAAUGCAAAAAUCACACAGUUUGUUUAUGAAAGCUUUAUUUUGCAUUUUUUGACAUUUUUUAUUUUUAAGGUCAUUUCUUGGAUUUUUUAAUUUCUUAUUUUUUUAAUUUUUAAUUAAAUUCCUUCAUUUAAAAUUUAACAUAAAAAAUGUUUUAUUUUACACAAGCUGUAUUAUAAUUAUUUGUAAAGACAUUUUUUCAUUAAAUAAAUAAAUUUGUAUGUACCUAUAUAUAUUACUAAUAUCGGUAAUAUCAUAAUAAAUAUAAAAAUUUAAUUAAAAGCCAUUUUAAUGGCAUUUUAUAUUGUAUUUGUGAAGACUUUAAAUGCAUAUUUUAUUGCAUUUUUUGUACGUAUUUUGUGUAUUUUUAAUGUAGUUUUUAGCGUUUAUCACUCCAUUAAAUUCUAAAGCCUUAUUUAUGACGAACAAAACUCUAACAGAAUUUUACAAAAUAAUCGCUAUUUUAAGAUAGGUAUCAAUAUACACAAUGAAUUAUUAUUUUUUUUUUUGUUUUAUACAUUUUGUUUGAGCAGUGCAAUAUAAACAUACAGAAAAAAAAAUGAAUAAUUAGCUAAAUUUAACAUAAAACAAUAUAAAUUUCGAAAAAAAUCAGCGAUGCAUAUAAAAUUCUCCAGGUUUUUGGGUAACUGUAGAAGAAAUAAACAGCUAUACUGUACCUGUACUAUAUAUACUGUUUCAUUACUUUCAGAAUUACCUAUUUUAUGUAAAUUCUCAGUAACAAUUUUUUAUUACAAAUUGCCAAAAGUAAUUUGUUUGUAUUUCAUGUAAAUAUAGUAGAUACAUUAUAUUUACCAUAUUAGGAGCAUAAAUUUAAAAAAAAAGAUUUUUCUCAGGGUUUAAAAUGUUCAAAAACUGUUUUAUUUUAAUUUAAUAAAUUUAUUUAUGUUAAUUUACAAUACAAUUUUAAUUUUUCGGUUAUAUUAUAGUCGUUUUAAAACAAAAAACUUUCCAUACCUACUUCAAGAAUCUAAGAUUUAUUCGGUUUUUAUUUAAUUUAUAAUAAUAUUAACUUAUAAAUAAUAAUAAGUGCCUACAUUAAUACGGCUAAUACGAUCUCAUUUACAUAAGCGAUAACUAAUAACAUGUUAUUCAACGUAGUAGUGUAGUCUAAGAAAUGUGAAAAAUCAUUACUCAAAUUAUUUGGCAAGGUUAUAGGUUUCAAUUUAUUUAUUUUUAGAUUAGUAUAGGUACUUGUUUACAGUGGUUUUUGAUUCAAUCAUUGUUUUUCGUUUUAUUCUUCGACAUGAGAAUACGUAUUAAUAUUAUAUGUGAGAUAUCCUAUAUAGCAUUUAAAUAUUUAACCAUUCACCGGUUAUAUAUAUUAACCAUUAUCCAAAAUACCAAUCCAGUGAUAACAGUAAUUAUAAAAACUGAUAUUGAAGAUUUAAAAAUUAUAAUUAUAGAUAUAGAUAUUUUAAUAUGCAUAACUGUUUAAAUUGGUGGAUUCAUAUAUGAAUUUUCCGAUAUAAAACUUCCUUAGUUGAUAAUCCUGAAUAUUUUGCCAACAAUUCUUAAUUUUAUUCAACAGACAUGUUUUUCAGAUUCUGAGUGAAGUAACUAAGUAAGAAUGUAUUGAUUUUGCUAUAUGUGCAUUAUUUUUUUUUUGGUCUGUAAACAACUUCUUUACCAGAAACCUUAUUCCGAUAAAUAACUAGCAUUUUUUCUAAAAAAUACUUUCUAGUUGGUACAUACAGGAUAGUAAUUUUUAAUUAUAUUUAUUUAAUAUUCCUCGUAGUCUACUUAAUUGGAAAUAAUAUAAAAAAACCUGACGGAAAAGUGUACGCAAUACCGGUACUUACCAGUUAUUUUCGGUUUUGUUUCUUGUUGUAAUUUUUUUUUAUUUAUUUAUUUAAUGUCAAAAAUAUACAUAUUAUACAAAAUAAAGUUAAACAUGUAAUGGUGAUACUUACUCCUUGUAAGGAAUGCUUGUGGUGGGAGUAAGGAGUCUUACUUGAAUUUUUAGAAUAAAAAUAAUAUUAAUAGUAACACAAUAAUAAUUAAUGUAAUAUAAUAUUAAGAAAUAAUGUAAUAAUCUUUUUUGAUAACAUUUUUAAUAUACAUAAUAAAUUCGAAUAGAGGAAAUAAAAAUGAAAGAAAAUAAUUAAAGUGCUAGGAAAGUCUAUAUUAUGAAAUACAAAGGAAAAAAAUUAACAAAAACAAAGAUUCCUAAGGUAGGUAACAGAGAGAAGUAUAGACAUUAGUGAAAUAGAUUUUUAAACUUUUUCUUUAUCUCAAACUUAAAUUUUAAAUUGUUAUUAAUUACUUUCAUACAACUAAGUAGUUUAUUAAAUAAUUGUGUGCCCCUAUAAAUAUAAAAGAGUAUUAUUAAAUUAGUAUUUGAAUUUUAUUUAAAGUUAAAUUUCCAUUAUUCGUAUUUCUGAUAGUUAAUGUGAAUUUUCAAUUUUGGUUUAAAUUAAUUUUUUUGUUUAUUAAUUUUUAUUAUAGCUAACUUAUCAUAUAAUUGACCAAUUUUUUAAUAAUUUAAACGUUUUAAAUAGAUUGUCUGUGUGAUUAUUUUCAUUAUAAAAAUGUUUAAGCAUUAUUCGAACUAAUAUUCUAUGGGUCACAUUUAACGGUUCUAACGCAUUCUUACAUGCAGAACCCCAUACUAUAAUACUUAACAUAAAAAUUGAUUGUACAACGGCAAAAUAAAUCAUGUUUAUAUUUUGAACAUCAAGGAUAUUACGCAAUUCUCUGAAUAUGUAAUAACAUUUUCAAUACGUGGUAUUAUAACGGCAAUAUGAGGUACCCAUUUUGAGUGUUCGUCAAAUGCUACACCUAAAUAUUUAUUAGAAAUUACUCUUAAUACUUCCCUAAAAUUUGCCUAACAGUAAUUUAUAUCAUUAUUCCUAUUACACGCGUUUGAAUGUAAUUUUAAUUUAAAAUUGUUUAGCGAAUUAGCAAUUAGCUUUUGAUAUGGAAAAUGUGAUAUAAACUGAUUUACUAUAGUUUAAUGAUAAACUAUUUUUUAAGUACCAUUCAUUGUUCUUAGUCUUAAGUUUGCAUUAGUUUCAACUUUAUUCCAUUUAAUGUCAUCAAAAAAUACGGUUGUAUCAUCAGCAUACACUAAUAUUUUUCCAUUUAUAUCGAGGUCUAUUAGAUCAUUUACAUAUAUUGAAAAUAGUAUAGGACCUAGAACAGUUCCUUAAGGGUUAAAUAUUAUUAUAAAUACCUAACAUUUUCAUAGAACACCUAUAGAUAUAAAUUUAGCCUUAGAUUUUUUAACUAUUUAUAGCCAUUUGAAAUUUUCAAAGUUUCCAAUUGCAAGAAAAAUCAUGUUAAAUAUUUUAAAAUAGGUAUAUGAAAAAUGUGACGAGAAAAAAAUUAUCAUAUAUUUCUAGUAUUAUAAAUUAAAUGUUCAUAUUACUUUGCUAUAUUUUAAAUGAUAACUGAAAACAAUCAAACUCCCUAACUCCAUAAAUCCCUUGCCCUAAUUAUAAUAAUAUAGAUAUUAGAAGGAACGUAAUUCGGUAAAUUGAGUUUUGAAAUUAGUAUUAUUAUUAAAAUUAGUACUAGUAAUUUUCUAUUUAUUAUUUUUUUUUUUGCUAUCAUUCUUAUAAACAUAGAGUUUACAAAAGAUAUCGAGCGAUAUGUCCCGAAGUAGUGCCGAAAAAAAUGACGGGAGACGAACCGGUAAAAAUCCGCGUCCCACAGGAAAGGAUCGAGCAGUUGCCAGAGUUAAAGGUAAACCGAAAGUAGAUACCUAAUUUUCAAAUAAUCGUUUUAACUAUCGUGUUUUGGGCUGCAGGAAAAUCCAUUCAAGGAACGCAUAUGCCAAGUUUUUUCAUCAGAAGAUAACGGCUCGUUGAGUUUUGAAGAUUUUCUAGACCUCUUGUCGGUGUUCAGCGAACAAGCUCCAAGACAAAUCAAAGUAUUUUAUGCGUUUAAAAUUUAUGGUAAGUAAAAUAAAAUUGGUAAAAGUAUGAUAGGUAUGAUUUUUUUUUAAUAUUGUAAUAUGUAUUUUAUUUUAUUUUAGACUUUGUUUUCUGGUUGACUGACUUGUACUCUCUUUAUAAUAAUUAUUUCCCUAUUCAAUUCACCAAAAUGUUGGUUGAUGAAUAAUAUUUUUGAGUAUAUUUGUAUAUAAUUAUUAGUUAGGAAAUAUUAGUUUUUUGGUCAUUUAACUGGGCCGAGACUAUUUGAUGACUCAGUGUUGAUUCAGCUUGUGCCUUGUAUGAUGCGCUUCACUAUUUCAUUCAAAAUUUCGUCCCUUUGUCAAAGUAUGUGAAAUCUAAAUUCCCUGCCUGGUUUACAGUAAUACUUAAAUAAAUUGUUCUCACUAAAAGGCAAGUUCAUGCUCUCUUCAAAAAGUUUAAUAGCCCUCUUUAUUAUACACAGUCCUCAAAUAUCCGUACCCAAUAUAAGUUCAAGUCCAAAACAUGUCGUAAAGACUAAAUUGCCUGUACUGAGGCUGAAUUAAAAAAUAACCAUAACUCUUUUUGGAAAUUCGUUCGUAAGCACAGAUCUGAAAGUAGUAUUCUUAACACGGUCUACUUAGAUGCAUUUUCUAGUUCUGGUCUUUAAGAUAUUUUUAACUUAUUAAGUUCUUCAACUCAGUCUACUCUAUUUCCUUGUCCAAAAAUAAAGCUAAUAUUCCUCUCCAGUGUUAAGACCUGUCCAUUAAUUUGCUAUUUUAGUAUUAUUGAUUUAGAGUCUGGUAUUGAUAAGUUGAAAAACGUGAAUUCUGCAGUACCUGAUGGGUUUCUAGGAUCCUUCCUUUUUAACUUUAAACAUUUUUCAUUCUGUCAUAUUCUGGUAAAUCUUUAUACGUUCAUUAGAUGAAAGGGUAUUUCUGUCUAUCUGGAAGCUAAGCUCCAUCACCCCCAUUUUUAAAUCUGGAGAUAAAUCAUGUAUCAGGAAUUAUAGGUCAAUUUCUAUCAUUCUGCCUUUUGUCAACCCGAUUCUUAUUGAUGUGCAGUAUGGUUUUAGGCCAGGGCGUUUAGCCGUGAUGAACUUGUUGGUCCUUAUUAAUUUUACUCCGAAGCUUUUGAAAUUAAGUGCUAGGUUGACGUUAUAUUUACGGACUUUGAAAAAGCUUUCGAUAGAGUCGAUCACAACAUUCAACUUCAAGUACUCAGUAAGACUGAGUUUUGGUGAUUCACUAUUGACUUGGUUCGAAUCAUAUCUAUAUGGUAGGUAUCAAUGGGUGAAAAUUAAUCGAUGUAAAUCUGAUGUCUCUUUUAUUCCUUCAGAUGUUCCUCAGGGGGGCCUGUCACCUUUACUAUUUGUACAGUUUAUCAACAGUAUCAAGCAAAUAAAUCCCUGGUUGCAAUAUUCUAUAGCUUUUGUAGACGACCUACAAAUUUUCUGGCGAAUUACCGACUCUAACUGUCUCCUGUUGCAGGACCAACUUAGCAGUCUAGCUAUUUGGUUUGAACUUAUUGGUCUUAAUUUGUACGUGAACAAGUGCCAGUCCAUGUCCUUCUCCAGUUAUCGUAUUUUAGUUAGCCACAUCUACUCGAUAAACAAUAUUAAUCUUACAUCGACCAGUCGUAAAAAAUAUCUGGAGUUUUUUUAUCCUCUGACAUUAAUUUCCACUAUCACAUUCAAUCAACAAGUUGUCAGGCAUGUAAGACUCAAGGGUUCGUAAAACAAAUAUCGUCUGAAUUUAAGCUUACCUCUCCGCUGAAGGCUCUUUACUGUCCCUUAGGGGGUCACAACCCCUGCUUAAGUAUGGUUCUAUUUUGUAGGAUCCCAUACAGUCUCCGACUCUGCAAUUAUCGAGCGAGUCCAAAGACGUUUUCUAUCCUAUUGUGCUGAAUAUCCCCCACCCGUUGCAUGAAUACUCUUCAGUUCUCCACGUGCUGGUCUAUCUACGCUGGCCGAUAGAAGAGUCGUCAAUAACUUAAAGUUCCUCUGUAACCUCAUCGAGGGUUCUGUGGACGCACCAUCGCUCAUUUCCCUCAUCAACUUUCGAGUACCUCCACGUCCGAACCGGUCUACUUCCACUUUUGCAAUCCUUAACUCAUUACCUGGUUCCGUUUUUCACUUCCGCUUAAUGGUCUCCAUGUUUAUUUAUUAAGUUCUGCUGUACUUUGGAUCAUACCCAUAUUAAAUAAAUAAAAUAAAAUAAUUAUAAUGUCUUAUACAAAAACUAUGAUUGUAGAUUUUGACGACGACCAUCAUAUCGGACCAACUGAUCUGGAACAAGUAUUAAAAUUGUUGACACGUAGUCAACUAUCGGCCGAAGAGAUCGUUCAAGUGUGUGAAAAAGUUAUCGAAGAAGCAGAUGUAGACGGCGAUGGGAAAUUAUCUUUCAUGGAAUUCGAACAUGUCAUACUCAGAGCACCAGAUUUUUUGGGCACUUUUCACAUCAGAGUUUAG